UCAUUGUGCGCUAUCUUUGCAUAACUGCAUACACGAAAACAUGGGGAAGGUAGAAAGUAAGAGGAUGGUCGUCGUAGCGUUCGCUGCUGUAGUUGCCACGCUGCUGCUGAUGCUGCCGCCGUUGGGCGGCGCGGCACCAGCUGCGGCAGCCACCGGGCCGGGGAGUAAUAAUUGCACUAGGUGGUGCGGCAACAUCAGCAUCCCCUACCCGUUCGGCGUCGAGCCCGGCUGCUACCACGGUCCCGGCUUCAACCUCACGUGCAGGAACGGCUCCCGUCGGCACGGCCCGCCGGAGCUGUUCCUCGGCGACGGCAACGUGCAAGUGCUGGAGGUCUCCGUUGAAGACAGCACGGUGCGCAUCAACAGCACCGGCGUCGUGGAGUUGCCGUAUGAUGGAAGUGGUCGCGCCACGAACAGCACAUGGGGACUCGGGCUUCCGGAGAGUGGGCCGUUCUUCCUGUCGGAGUCGACGAACAUGCUCGAAGCGAUAGGAUGCAACAUCCAGGUUAGCAUCCUUGGGGGUGGGAAUAACAGGUUGGUCAGUUCUUGCACUGCUAUAUGCCCAUCGAUAGGCCCCGGCAGCGUUACUGCGGGAAAUGGUAGCUGCACGGGCAUCGGCUGCUGUCAGGCGAGCAUCGUCCUCGGCUACCCUUUCUACACCAUCCAGAUGAAAUGGCUUCCUGGUGACAUAGCCUUAACUCUUGCUGCCUACAUAGUUGACCAGAGCUUCGAUUUCAGCCUGGACAUGAUUAAUGGGAAAGAUCCUAAAGCGCUUCCGGCCACACUAGACUGGAUAGUUAGUAAUUCGACAUGCCCAACAAAUGAGACCGCCUUCGAGUGUCGCAGUACCAACAGCUAUUGCCAAAACCACACUUCCUGGGUGCAUAGUGGGUAUCUGUGUCAAUGCUCUACGGGCUAUGAAGGCAAUCCUUAUGUUUCUGAUGGAUGCCAAGAUAUCGACGAGUGCCGAUUUCCAGACAAAUAUGUUUGCUAUGGUAUUUGCGAGAACAAACCAGGAAAUUUUAGUUGUCAAUGCAGCCAUGGCUAUACGGGCAAUGCUUCCGUCCCAAAUGGAUGUAUAGACAUCAACGAGUGUGAGCACCCAGAAGCCUACCCAUGCUAUGGAAUCUGCCUAAAUUCCAUCGGAAGUUUUCUUUGUCAGUGUCCUAAUGGAACCUAUGGCGAUCCCUUCACAAAAGGGGGAUGCAUUACCAUCGUCAAGAAAUCCUUCACAGGGUUAAGCAUAGGGCUUGGAGUUGGCGGUGGCACCAGUAUUUUAUUUCUCGCAUUAGGUGUCCCCUUCAUAAUGCAUAAAAUAAAGCUGCGGAAGGUGAAAAAGAUGAAAGAGAAAUUUUUCAAGCAAAAUCAUGGAUUAUUAUUGCAGCAGCUAAUAUCACAGAAUGCAAAUAUUGGGGAAAGGAUGAUUAUUAGCUUAAGGGAGCUUGAGAAAGCUACAAACAAUUUUGAUAGAGCACGUGUGAUUGGUGGUGGAGGGCAUGGAGUUGUGUUCAAAGGAAUUAUAGAUCUAAAGGUCGUGGCAAUCAAGAAAUCAAGGAUCGUAGUACAAAGAGAAAUUGGUGAAUUUAUAAAUGAAGUUGUUGUUCUUUCUCAAGUGAACCAUAGAAAUGUUGUGAAACUAUUUGGAUGUUGCCUGGAGACAGAAGUACCACUGCUAGUUUAUGAGUUCAUCUCAAACGGAACCCUUUAUCAGCAUCUCCAUAUUGAAGGACCGAUAUCACUACCAUGGGUUGACCGAAUAAGGAUUGCACUGGAAGUUGCUAGAGCUUUAUCCUACCUACAUUCAGCUGCUUCUAUACCUAUAUUUCAUAGAGAUAUUAAGUCCACCAACAUACUUCUUGAUGAAAGUUUAACAGCAAAAGUAUCUGACUUUGGAACUUCAAGAUACAUCCCAAUUGAUCGGACGGGAGUAACUACAGAGGUUCAAGGAACAAAGGGUUACCUAGAUCCCUUGUACCAUUACACAGGUCGACUAACGGACAAGAGUGAUGUGUUUAGUUUUGGUGUUCUUCUUAUCGAAUUGCUAACUAGAAAGCAACCAUUCAUCUAUCGGUCCGAACAUGGGGACAACCUUGUUUCACAUUUUAGAAAGCUCCUCGCAAUAGGUAACCUUGUUGGCAUCAUAGAUGCUCAAGUCAUGAGAGAGGAAGAUGGAGAAGUCCAAGAAGUAGCUGCUGUAGCAGCAAUGUGUACUAAAUUGAGGGGAGAAGAUCGGCCAACAAUGAGAGAAGUGGAGACGACACUCGAAAGCAUACUGGUUAAGAAGAAGCAGGUUCCAUGUAUUAAUACAAGAAGGCAUGAUGAGGUUGAAGCUCCUGUUCACUACAUGUCAAUUGAACUGGUUAGUAACGAAUUGAGCAGGCAACACACUAUUAAAGAAGCGAAUACUGGUGAAGCAAGCAGGCAAUUUACUAUGGAAGAGGAGGUAUUGUUGUCGGAAAGCUACCCCCGAUGAAGUUUUGCAGCCAUGUACAACGAUGAACUUCCUUCGUUCAUACAAAUUAUUCUGUGAUUUUUUUUCGGUGUAUGCA